AUUGAUAUAUAUAUAUACAUACAUACAUACAAGUAUGGCUGUGUCGCCGGCGGUCACGACGCUGUGCGACAAUUCAAACGAAGUCUUCCUGGACGUCGCCAAGUUGCUGCUGACAUACGCGGACAAUAUUUUGAGCCUUGAGAACAAAUGAUGCCACCUCCCCACAGGUGUCCCAAUGAGGAAAAGUACCGGUCGAUCCGCAUAGGAAAUCCCACGUUCUCCGCCAAGCUGCUGCCCGUCAAAGGAGCCGUGGAGUGUCUCUUCGAGAUGGGAUUCGAGGAGGCCGAAACCCACUUGGUGUUCCCCGGAUCGGCGUCGGUGGAACAGCUGAAGCUCGUCAGGGAAACCAUUGCAGCGGAGCGGGAUCGGAGGCUGCGAGGAGGUGGACCGCCUGUCCGUUCCCCCAGUGCCCAGGCUGCUGCAGCAGCAGAGAGUCCAGCUGCUGCUCCUGCUGCUGCUGCUCCUGCUCCUGCUCCUGCUCCUGCUCCUGCUCCUCCUCCUGCUACUCCUGCUCCUGCUGCUGCUGCUUCCAGCCAGCCUGUUUCACCACCUCUUCCACAGCCAUCAUCCUUGGAGAGCAGUAUGAGCUUCUUUUUGACUCUCCAGUCAAACUUCCAACAUGUGAUGCUGUAUGAAAACCUCGAGCUGCAGCAAAAAGCUCUGAGUCACAUCCCUCACCAGGAGCUGUCCUCCGCUGCUCAACACAAGCUGAAGGAGGCUGAAGAGGCCGACCCAGAUUGUAAACUUGGAAUAGAGGAAUUCCUGGUACUGGAGUUACUCAGGUGGUUCAAACACGACUUCUUCUCCUGGGUGAACAGUUUACCCUGCAGCCGCUGUGGAGGCUCCACCCAGAACGGCAACUCCCUCAGUCCCAGCACCGACGACCUCCGCUGGGGAGGCCAGCGAGUGGAGAACCAUUACUGCCAGGGCUGCAGGCUCUCCACCAGAUUCCCCAGGUACAACAAUCCGGAAAAGCUGUUGGAAACCAGGAGGGGGCGCUGCGGGGAGUGGGCGAACUGCUUCACCCUGUGCUGCAGAGCCCUUGGCCUCGAGGCCAGGUAUAUCUGGUGCAGCACAGACCAUGUGUGGACAGAGAUCUACUCAGUCGCUCAGCAUCGUUGGCUGCACUGUGACUCGUGUGAGAACGUCUGUGACAAGCCUCUGCUUUACGAGGUCGGCUGGGGGAAGAAACUGGCCUAUGUUCUGGCCUUCUCUAAGGACCAGGUGGUGGAUGUGACGUGGCGGUACUCCUGCAAACAUCCAGAGGUUUUGUCGAGAAGGACCAGUGUUCAAGAGGCCUGGCUGCUUCACACCAUUAAUGGGCUCAACGCCUCAAGGCAGCAAGUCCUGAGUCCAGACAGGAAGAAGGAACUGACAGGGAGGUUGCUUGUCGAGCUGGUGGAGUUUAUUUCCCCAAAGAGGCCAAAACCAGGAGAGCUGGGGGGACGCAACUCUGGCUCUCUGGGCUGGAGGAUAGCAAGGGGGGAGACCAAAGGAGCUGAGCCAGGGUCUUCAACACAGGAAGCAGGUUACGUGUUUACUCCCACUGAGAAAGAGCGGAGCGACCGAUUACUGCACGUGUGCUACAUUGCCUCCAAAGACCAGUACUGUCGACUGUCCAGCAGCUCCGAGGUCGUUCGGGGGUGGGAUCAGUGCGUGUGGAAGAAGGAAUCGGUCUUCAGAAAGGUGGAAGACGACUGGCAGAUGGUGUACAUAGCUCGAACAGAAGGCUCCUCAAUGGGACGUAUAAGCUGGAAGUUUGAUUUCUCUGCAGUGGAAAUGAAGGUGAAGUCCGUCUCAAUCAGGGCCAGUAGCCAGACCUUCGACACAGGGAGAGUCUGCUGGUACUUGCAAUCAGGCCAGACCACUACCGAAUUCUCCGGAGAUGGGAAGAUGCAGUCGUUUCCCAGUCUGUGCGGAUCCUCCGACUUCAUUGUUGAAGCACAACUCUGUGAUGGAUCGUGGCAGCACUCUCAGCUGUUCAGACAGAGCCUGAAGGAGACAGAAGAGCCCUCAUUUGAAAUCCUCAUCCAUCUAGAAGAUGCUUAACAGUUGCUUUACUCAACAAAAAAUUGGAUCCAUAAUACUGUUUCACUCUUGGCUGCUCUGAUGAGCUCAGGGCUAACUGGUGGAAUUAUAGUUAGAACUAUAAAUUUAUGUAUGUUGACAAAUCACUGCAAUAGUCAAAGGUGUCGGUCCUCCAGGAUGAUUAGAAAUGCAUUCUACUACACAUUCUAAUCUUUGAUGGGACUAUGGGCCAAAUGAGCUAAUGAGCUAUGAGACGUGCAUUCUGAGACAUAGGGUUUUACCUGUAAACCCAUAGAGUUUUUAUAUCACAUACCUCCAUUGUGAAUAUGUCUGUAAUUUGUGAUUAUAUGGACAGAUUUCACACCGCAAACCAGAGCUGAAACCCUAAUCAGCUCUGGUUCUCUCCAGUGCUCUCGUUAGUAGUAAAAUGUCAUUAUUGUUCAGUGUAUUAUUUAAUGGUGUGCAAUGGAAUUGUUAUAUUUUAUCAUCCACAGCUACAGACUUGUGUGUGUGAUUCCAAAUGAAGCAGAAUAAUGUCCGCAUUGGUGUAAUGGAAGGAGUUGGAGUUAGAAAAUGGUGUUAUAAUAAAGAUAUUUUUUUGCACCGGG